CCAGGAUGCGUUCCCCGGGUAACGUCACCCCCCCCCAGUCUCCUAGCAACCAGCAGCCGCCGCGAUGUCCCUCGGAGACCCCGGCCGCAGUUGGACUCCCGGGCAUCCCCGGCUCCGCUCCACCUUGAGAGGGUCUGAUUCAGCCCUAAAGAGGAUUCUGUCCUACAGAGGUGUUGUUGGAGCUAUGGUGAUAAGGGCAGAUGGCAUUCCAAUUAAAACAAGCCUAAAUAACGCUACAACAGCUCAAUAUGCAAGGCAUCUUCAACACCUUAUAGAACUAGCAGGAUAUGCUGUGAAAGAAUUUAAUCCUCAAGAUGCCCUAACCCUUCUAAGGAUUAAAACAGAGAAAUAUGAAAUCCUGGUGAUCCCAGUCUCCUUCCCUAGAGUGUAAGCUUCUUGUGAGCAGGGAAGAUGGAAGAGAAGGAAGAGGAAAGAGAAGAGCUGUGAGAAAGGGAAGGAAGAACUUUGCAAAGGUCAUGGCCAGUGGUUUCUAUUUACUCUGAAAGAAGUUGGCGAGAUCAGCAGGACUUGGGGAGAGAGGCAGUGGGAACACUGGAGGCUUCAAGAAGGAGUUGAAGGUUGGCAGUAGUCGGUGGGGCUGUAGGUGUGGAGUCAGUGAGCGAGGAAUAAAAUAGUUGCUGAGCAGAAGAGUGAGCUGAAAUAGAGCAGGUCAGAGUGAAUUCCCAGGGUCAGAAGUUAGCCUGGUGCCUGAGUUUUCACCAGCUGGCAUCAGCUGCCCAAGCCCAGAAAUGGGGAAAAUGGACAGUAAGGGUGAUCCAAGGCAGGGGGUUGAUGGUGCAAAAGUGACAGAGGGACAACAGAGCCAGGAAGUUAUUUGGGGGUGAGGGAGGUGUUGAGGAGGUGGAUGGGAGAA